AUGAGCAAACCGCAUCCGUUAGCGGGGUUAAUCGCUAAUUACGGCGAUUCCGAUGAUGAUUCGGACGACGGGAUAGUGCAUACACCCUGUGCAGUUGUAAAUAAGGGGACUAAUAAAUGUCCAUCAGCACCAGGGCAAGAAAUUACGCCUUCAAACGUGGCUGGCAUUCAUCCGGCACCAAUACCGCACUGCCCCUGGUCAGCGUGCUAUGAUGAAAGCAGCGGGUUCACUUAUUACUGGAACCAGAAAACCAAUGCAGUGACAUGGGAAGCGCCCCCAGAAUAUUUACUAGCAUUGAAAAUAGCUCAACAACAUUUACAUACAUCAGGAACAACAGAAGUCUCAGCUGAGGAAUGGCAACUAUAUCAGCAGGCGUUGGUGGACAAGCAGAACUCGCAAAACAAGCUGCUAGCCAGAGCUGCCAUUGCAAAGAUUUCAAUGAAACCAGAAAAACCUAGUGCGCCCAUAAAAGAGAAAAAGACAAAGAUUAACAAAAAGAGGCCUGCAAGUGAUGACGAGGAAGAGAGAAUUGAGCUGAUUACUUCAUACCACAACUCCGACUCGGAGUCGAAUGAUGAGGCCGAAUCGUCAGUAGUGGCACCGACCCCACCAACCCCAAAAGCCACAGUAAGGACGCCAAAGAACCACAAGAGGCUGAAGCCCAGGGCUCAAGUGGAGUAUGGGCCAGCAAUGCCCCCAAACCUGGACUACUCCGUGCCCAUCGGGCCCGAGUUACCACCAAACAGCCACAACAUCACCAUACCCAAGCCGCCAGAGAUUAAACCCAAACCAGUGGGCGCGGAAAAGCAGGAUAAGGCCGUCUCCAACGACUGUGAGGACAGCCAGGACGAGGGUCUGCUGCUCAUGAGGCUCAAGGACAAAGCGAAGCUCCUCGAGAGGCUCGGAGGGGAGCUGCCGGCUGAGCUGCGGCAGAUGUUCAAGGACGACACCGGCUCGGCGGCCGCGUCGCCCAAGUCCGCAGAGGACGCCGCCGCAAAGAUCUCCCCCGACAUUGACGACCUGCUGCAGGAGAUCGAGAAGAAGGAGUUCGCCAAAACAAAACAGGAGACGGAGAAGGAGUUCUCCAAGCCGAAAACGGCCGACUCCAACGAGCGGAGUGAUUUUAAGGACCCCAAAUCGAACCUGAGCAGCGUGGCGAACUCGCCGCGGAGCGACGGCCACCGGACGCCGCCGCUGGAGGAGCUCAAAGCGCUGUUCCCUAUCGUCAAGAGCGUCGCCGAGCCUGUCGCCGGCGCCAAGGUUGUCGCCGAGCCUGUCGCGCUGUUCCCGAGCGCGAACAACGCCGAGCUCGUCGCGGAGAGCAAGCCGCCGAGCCCCGUAAAGCCGGAAAAGAAGAACAUAUACCUGACGGACGUCGGGGAGAAGAGCGAGAGCAGGAAGAGGCCGCGAAUAUCCAACUCGGUGCUGCCGUACACCACGCGCUACGCCCACGUGGAGGGCCCGGCCGAGCCGCGCACCGGCCUCGGCUUCGGCACGGACGUAGAGGGCGCGCGGGUGCCGAGCGCAGAGAGCGCCGUGAGCACGGUGAGCUACGGCGGCGGGCUCACGUUCACCAGGGGUGGCACGCUCAACGGCGGUGGGAGCGAGCCAGCCGAGCCCGCCGAGCCAGCCGCGCCGGACGAGCCCGACGAGCCAGCCCUGCUCGAAACCAGGCUCGGCCAGCUGUGCGACAUGCAGCCGGCCGUCGUGCCGCAGCUGCAGCGCAUGCUGAUCGAGCUGCAGACGCUGCUGGCCGCGCGGUGCGCCGGGGCGCUGGGCGCCGCGUAUGUGCGCGCGUGGGCGCGGCGCGCCUGCUCCGUGCUGGGGCCGCUCGAGGUGGCCGCCACCGCCGCGCCCCCCGGCUGGACCUGCGCCUUCCACAGGUACGCCGCACACGCGCCGCCGCCACACCCCGCCCGCGACGAACAGACACCGAACACCCCGCCCUCCAGCGGACACCGCACACGACAAACAGACACCGAACACCCCGCCCUCCGUCUAGAGCGGACACCGCACACAAACGACAAACAGACACGAACACCGACAAACAGACCCUCCCUCCGUCUAGAGCGGACACCGCACACGACAAACAGACACCGAACACCCCGCCCUCCGUCUAGAGCGGACACCGCACACGACAAACAGACACCGAACACCCCCGCCCUCCGUCUAGAGCGGACACCGCACACGACAAACAGACACCAAACACCCGCCCUCCGUCUAGAGCGGACACCGCACCGCAAACGACAAACAGACACCGAACAUCCCGCCCCCGCCCUCCGUCUAGAGCGGACACCGCACACGACAAACAGACACCGAACACCCCGCCCUCCGUCUAGAGCGGACACCGCACACGACAAAACAGACACCGAACACCCCGCCCUCCGUCUAGAGCGGACACCGCACACGACAAACAGACACCGAACACCCCGCCCUCCGUCUAGAGCGGACACACGACACACAGACACACCCCCUCCCCGCCUCCGUCUAGACACAAACGAAGCCCCGCCCUCCGUC